CAGAACGCCCACUGGGGAUGGUUGUCUUGCAAUCGAAAAACUGGGCAACUCGAGCGGGAGAUAAUCCUGCUCGGCAAGAAACUCAAGCUCCUCUUCCUGUUCAACCAUAUCAUUGAAUGGAUCGAUACGACACACGCCAUGCGACUUUAUAUGCACAAUAAGUCCCUAGAAAAGGAUAUUAACACGCGAAUAGGUAAGAAAGAGGCAUCUCCAGCAUCCAAGGAGCAAAUUAGCAAAUUCGUUGAUUAUUAUGGUAUCAACAUGAAUGACUUUGACCCUUCGGGUAUUAAUGAGUAUAACACAUUCGAAGACUUCUUCGCCCGAGCGCAUAAAGCCGGCUCAAGGCCGAUCCACCGGCCUGAUGAUGCAUUAACCGCGGUCGUUGUGGCCGAUUCAAGAGUUGUCACGUACGAAUCAGUUGCAGAAGCAAAGAAGAUUUGGAUUAAAGGCCAUGAUUUUAGCAUUACCAAUCUCGUCAUGGACACACAACUCGGUUCAAAGUACGAAAACGCAGCCGUUGCCAGCUUUCGUCUAUCACCACAAGACUAUCAUCGAUACCACUCAGCUGUGACCGGCAAAAUCAAAUUAUUUCGGAGUAUUCCCGGCGACUAUUAUCAAGUCGAUCCUGUUGCUUUACAGAGUCAAGUAGAUAUCUUAACGAGAAAUAGAAGGGCGUAUGUCAUCAUCGAGACGGCUGAAUUUGGCGAUGUCUUGUUUGUCGCCAUCGGAGCAACGAAUGUGGGAUCAGUCGUCAUACACGAGCAAUUUCAGAAAAGUGGCGUACAGGUCAAUAAGGGUGAUGAGCUGGGACAUUUUGAGUUUGGCGGCUCUUCCAUUAUUGUCACAUUCCAAGUGGAGAGGAUUAAAUUUGACAACGAUCUGUUGCAGUUAAGCAAGCAGCGUAUUCAAGUCUCGGUCGAGGUUGGUAUGAGCUUGGGUCGUGCAACCCGUUCAACCCGGCGAGGCGAGAUGUCUCCCGAACCUACGUAUGCUGAAGUUGCAGAUCCAAAUGCAUAAUUCAAUCUUAUCUUCAGGGUGUCCACCAAUUGAUAUAAGUUGCAUGUAUAGAUGGAGGGGCCGAUCGGAGCGAACAAAUAGUAUAUUAAGGAGAAAAGAAAUUUAUUCAGGGGUAAACCCACUCAGUUAUUCAACCAC